UGAAUAUACACCGAUAUUACACACACCAUGAUUCAGAUUUGCCGACAUAAAUAAAAAUAUUUGUUUACAUCAAACAGAACUUUGUGAUCGUGACUCUUAUUCUAUUAUACAGAAAAUAGAAGGAAAUGCAUUGUGUCCUUUUGUACUGUUAAAUGUAAAAAUGAACAUUUCUAAAACUAAAAAAAAUAUAAAAAACAAUAAACGACAACAGAAGAAAAAUAAUACGGAAACUAAUGAAGAUGAACUCGAAUCAAAUGUAAAGUGGAAUACUAAAGACAAAAAGACAUUAUUAGAAGCUUUAAGAAAAUAUGGACCUGACAAUAUUGCUGCUUUAUCAGAAAUGUUGCCACACAUUUCUCCUGAACACAUUGAAUCAAAAAUUGCUGAAUAUUCAUUAAUAGCAGAAAGUGAAGAUCAGUUAUUAAACAAAUGGUUAAAUUGUGGCUUAUAUCAUCCUGGAGAUAGUCUUGUUCCAGAAGCGUUAUUAUUUAUACAGUUAUUUGAAGAUCAUCCACCUCCUUCAGAAUUAGGUUAUGAUUUGAGAGCAAUAUACAAUUUUCUUUAUCGUUCGUGUUCUGAAGAACCACCAUUCUUUGAAUUAUCAACAGAAGAUAUGAAUAUUCUAUAUUCUUUGUUAUCCAAAAUAGAAGAGAAAUCUUGGCCAAAAUAUCAGAAACAUCUUUUGGAAUACGUUGGUAGUAUUUAUAAUAAGAGACACAUUAGGAAAGUAUAUCCAGGGAAGAAUACAUAUUCCUUAUAAUAGGUUUAGUUAUUUUAUGUGAUUAUGUACAUAACAAUGUUAAUAAAUUUUAUUUUAACAGAGGUAUA